AUGUCUUCAACGGAAGAGUCCCCGGCUCAGAGAGCAGCUCGCCUGCGGCGCGAACGCCGCGAAGCCAAGAUAAGAGAGGGGGGAGCGUCCCGACUGGACAAAAUCACAAGCCUGAGCGGACGAACGCCCUCUAAAGAUCGCGACCAAGCCUCACCAUCUCCAUCCCCACAACCUCCCUCUGCUAUCCCCGCCGCGAGCCCCGAACCUCGACCAACCCCUCAACAACCACAGCAAAUACCCAGGCAAGGGCCGCCACAGCCGAGUGCUGAAGAUCCAACCCCAGAUGCGCUCCGCGAACAACAAGAGGCCCUCCGUGCCCUCCUCCGCCAACCAACGCCCUCCCAGCAAGAUACCGGCGAAGAUGAGGACCCGACUCUGAAACUCCUGAGCUCUCUCAUGGGAGGGAUGCCCGGCGCAGCUCAAGGUCCGGGCGCCGGUUUUGGCAGUGGCGCAGGCAGCGAACCUUCGGGGGGACUUCCGGCGGGCUUUUUCUCCUCACUUGGUCUUCCCCCUUGGAUGGCGGACGCGCUUGGCUCCGCUUCGAAGCCACAAUCGGAAGAGCAGAAGAAGGCCCUUCUUACAUGGAAGAUCUUGCAUAUUGUGUUCUCGGUUGCUAUUGCGAUCUACCUUUGUUUCCUUACAAGCUCGGCCGUUGCCACGUACGGCAAACAGCCGCCGCCUCCGGCCACGGCGCAAAACCCUUUUCUUUUGUUCACAACCGGAGAGCUUCUGCUUGGCGGGGCGAGAGUAACGAUGAAGAAUUCUGGACCGCCUGGACCUUUCAUGUACAUUCAGCUGCUCCGGGACUUUAUCCGCGAUGGUAGCAUUGUCCUCUUUCUGUUCGGUAUGGGCUCCUGGUGGCACCAGGGAUGGUGA